CCCCGCAACUAGUGUUGUAACAAUAACCUAAUGACUCUUUAUUCACUUGUCGAGUGUUGGCUGUUGUGUGAACACUAACCUCUGCUGGUAUCAACCGCCGACCUUGCAGGCCCAUAGAAAGGCAACUGAAAUCGCCUGUGACCCCAACGAGUGGCGCCUCCUCAUCGACAGCUAGUUCAAGAUCCUCAAAGCAGUGCUGCUUUAUAAUGGGAACUCACUCACUCUGUACACCUUAAAGAGGGAUACAGUAGUGUCAGGAUCUUGCUAGAUGCCUUUAAAUAUGAAGAAAUACAUCUAAGUAGCAUACGCACCGCAUCGCAACCAUGGCGCUAAAGCGAGUUGACAGUUUAAGAGGCUCGUUUGAGGAAUGGAUGAAACACCCACCAACAGAGGAACUGGUCAUCGCCGUGGAGGAAGGAGUCGAGGCAGCAGUCAAAUCCACCCUUGCCAUGGGUGCUUACCCAAAGGUUCUCCUUCCAACUAUUGCUGGGGUGUCAUGGUGCCUGGUGACUCUGGCUGCACACAAGGGCCACAACCAGUUGCUGCCUUGCCUUCUACAGGCUGGGUUGAAUAUAGAAGGUGGAGGAACUGCUGACAGAACACCACUGAUGGAGGCUGCGGCGAUGGGCCACAACAGAACAGUGGAAGCACUGCUCACUCUCGGUGCGAAUCCUCUGGUGACUGAUAGUACAGGAAGGACUGCCCUCUACCUUGCUGCAUUGCAUGGUCACCAGCAGUGUGUGGCGGUCCUUAUGCCUGUCUUCUCUCCCAUCCCUGAGCAUCUUGAGGCACCCACCCCGGUGCACGCCGCCAGUUUUCAUGGCCAUGUAGAAGUACUGGAGCAGCUGGCGGAUGUGGGCUGGCCCAUCACUGGCAUGAUCAGAUAUGGCACCCCACUCCACCAUGCUGUGGCGGGCGGGAGUAUGGCGGCGGUGCAGUGGCUAGUGCAGAGAGGUGCUGACCCUCACGUUCAAGAUGUGGAUGGAGACACCGCGCUGGACUGGGCUGUGACUUAUGGCCGCCACGAAGUGGAAACUUGGUUGGCCAAGAAUGGCGGUGAGAUGGUGAGGGACGAGAGUCACCGUGUGAUAGACGUGAGAGAAUGGCGGAGAAUCCAUGAAGAUAACCACAAUGAAGUCUUGUCUUGGUUGGUGGCGGGCAACGAGGCAGACAUAGCCCGCAUCCCUGAGUACAGUGACGGUCACGUGCUGAGCAUGGAAGGCCUAACGCCCCUCCACGCUGCGGCGCUAUUCGGGGCUUCCAGUGGUGUAGUGGAGGCGCUGCUGCAACGCGGCGUAAACCCUCAUGUGAUCACCCCUGACAACAUGACCCCAGCUGACCUGGCACGGCAGCGAGGCCACAUCGCAGUGAUUAAGGGGCUACAGUGGCACCAUUGUGAACAGGAUGAUACGCCCCCAGAGCACCUGCACGAGGAGCUGCUCACAACAAUCAGUCGUGGGGACGACGUGCAAGCGGUGUCCAGCCUCCUGUGUAAGGGCGCCCCUAUGGAGCCCCUGGGUGGUCGCUCCGCCCUCAGACUGGCAGUCACCAAUGACCGUGCCCGCACCGUCAGCCUGCUGCUGGCGAGGGGAGCAUCAUUGUCUGCUAGCCUGCUGCAGGAGGCUUGGCAGAGUCCCAGUGUAACCACUACGGUGCUGGCCACCCUCACUACCGCCUACUGCUGCCGGCUGCGUGCGGAGCUGCGUCGCUUGGGAAAGGUCAGCCGCGCUUUUUUCAAUGGCAUAAAAAAUCUGCUGAAAGUCAUCGAAGGAAACUCCCCAUGGCAGGCUGCCUGGCGAUGGGGUAAGGACACUGACCGGGCAGCGCUGAGUGACCUCCUGACAAAGGCCGCUGCAGCCAAUUGUCCUGUGACUGCCGCCUUCUUGCAGAGGGCGGGAGCGUGGCCCUUCUUCAGCAGAACCUUGGGUGGUAGUGCCCUACACGCCGCGCUGGAGGCUGGCCACCAGGGCAUGGUCGAGGUGUUAACCAGGGACCUCGGGGGCUCUCCAUACGUGCCGGACACACACGGUCGACUUGCAGUGCACAUGAUGACCGAUGAGGAGCGACGGAAGCUGGACCAGAAAGUCUUCGAGAUGGAGCGGACAAAACUAGAGAAUCUGGAGCUUCGCCAAAAGGGAGAUCGCGAUAAGAUGGAGCAUCAUUCGUGUGUAAAUCUGCUGGCCUUCGUCAUCUGGAUUUCAAUGCCGAACAUGUUGGAGUCAUUUACCGCUACCGUGAAUGCGGUAGAAAGGGUUGCGGAAUGGCAGAAGGUUAUAGUAGUGGAGUCUGCAAGGAAGACAAGACAAGUUGGAAUGGAGGCGGCGACGAGGCGAGAGGAAGAGGCAAAAAUGGUGGCCAGUUUCUUUUCGUCCCUCUUUGUCGAUGGCAGCCUAAGUUCCUGCCUGCCUGUCCUGCUUGCUGCUGAGGGAUACCACAUACUGCUUCAAAGUGUUUCUCAUGUUAUCAUCACCACUCAUCUUUCUUACCACCUCGAGUCCUUCCUCCUCACCUCCCCUCCCUUAAGGAGCCCUGCCCCACCACCAGGCCGCUCCCCAUACUCCUCUGGCACCUACUGCGUCGCCUACUGCCUGCUGGCGCCUCUCCCCAUUGUUGGAAUAGCUGUGGAGGACAUCCCGAGAGCAGAUUGGUUUCCUGGAGCUACCCGAUUCUUCGUCAUCUAUAGCGGGCAGGGAGUGAGUGAGAGGGAGCUGAGACAGGUGCCUGCUCUCCUUAACGCUUACAAUACCCUAUACCUCGUCCACGCCGCGCCCUCCGCUCUUGACCUCCAUGCUACGUGCCCGUUCUGCCACGGCGGUAAGGCAACGGUGGUACAGCGCAACACGUGGCAGCCCGGGAAGGGUUUGCACCUGUCCUCUGAGACGCUGUUCCCGGAUGUCUUCCAAGACCUCAACGGACGCCGCUUUAGAGCGGUGACAUUGAGCUUCCCCCCCUUCAGCCACUACGUCUCCGGCAGCUACAAGGAACCUCUCGAUAUGCAAGAUUGUCUCGAUAAGCGAAUUGUCGACGCCAUCUCGGAAACCUACAACUUUUCAUACCAAGUAUUCGAGCCUGCAGACGGCAAAUGGGGCUAUGAGGUGUCGCCAGGCAACUUCACGGGAGUGUUGGGCGAAGUGCAGCACCGUCUCGCUGACUUCUCCCUCGACCUGAGCAUCGUAGCCGAGAGGGAGGUGGUGAUUGAUUUCUCCAUCGGAUAUCUACUGGAGCCUCUCACCUUCGUCACCAGCAAACCCAGGCCGCUUCCCCAGUGGCAAGCUGUGGUGAGGCCCUUUGGUGGGUGGGUGUGGAUAAGCCUCGGCGUAGCUCUCCUUUUGUCCGGCCCUCUACUCUGGCUCCUCCUUCGCCUCUCCUUCAGUCACUUAUCCAUGCCCGACGCUGUAUUCCUCACCUUCGCUGCCCUUGUCUGCCAGAGCCGCCCAUGGCCAAGCUCACCUCACGUUCGAGUGUUCAUUGCGACAUGGCUCUUGUUUUGUCUGGUGGCGACCGUUUCCUUCGUCGGGAACCUCACCGCUUUCCUCACUGUGCCCGCCUACUCAACGACGCUAGAAACCUUGGAAGACUUGGUUCGUUCCGACUUUACUUGGGGUAUCAACGACUUCGGGGCCGCUGACUAUCAGCUCUUCAAGACAAGCGAGGUGCCCCUCUAUCAGGAAAUCUUCAAAGGCCUUACCUUCUGCCCGUCCCUCGUGGCCUGCAUCCAGAAGGCGCUGGACGAGAACUUCGCCUUCAUCUCCUUCAGUACCUACCUCAGGGACGCCGUCGCCAUGCACUUCGUCGAUAGGAAUGGAGAUACGCAGGUGCAUAUGGCUAGGGAUCGUUUCUUCCCCGCCGACACUGGCUUCGCGCUUCAGAAAGGUUCCCCCCUGAAGCGACUUUUCGACAGGGUGUUGCGGCGGCUGUUAGAGGCGGGCCUGGUGGACAAGUGGCUCAAUGACCUCAUCCAACAGCACACCCUAGCUACACGCAGGAAGGCAGCUGCAGCGGCGAGGAAGGGCAGGAGCGGAGGGGCGGAAGCACUGCAAGAGGGGCUGACGCUCACUACAUACCAUCUGCAGGGCGUGUUCCUGGUGUGCGGCGCGGGGUUGCUCUUUUCCACCCUCACCUUCGUCUGUGAACUGAUGGUGUACAGUGUAUUGGAAUCCAGACCUUGCUGCGCUAAUAACUUAAAGUGGCUCACCUGUUUUGGUGAAAGCUAAAGCAUCUGUGGGCAUGGUCUUUGUUUUGUCCUUGCUUUCUGAUCAAGAUCGAUGAGGCAAGUAAAGUUUUCAUUCAUGUACUGUAGUAUUCCUCUUAAAUAAAUAUCGGCA